CCCAAAUGAUUCAACUCACAUAUUCUCAGCUUAUCAGACAUAGUUUUAAAGAAUACAAAUUCGACUCUUUUUUGUAAGUUCCAUAUUUUGUAUCGAAGAGAAAUUUGGACAUGCUGCGCCUAAUAUAUAUUUAUUAUGGAACCCUGUUACCCGGCUGGACCACCUUGCGGGCUUUUAGCCACGGCCAACGUCACUUCAUCGUACUCUGGCUAAAAUAUUGGGUGAUCCACGCCCUGCUGCAGGCAUUUGGAGUUCUUACGGACUUUCUUAUAGGUGGACUGCCCUUCUAUGCUGCCCUCAAGCUGAUCCUGUCCGUAGGUCUCUGGUUUAGUGCCCCGUACAGCACCAAUCACCUAUUUAAUGCAAUCAGGAAGUACGUUAUGGUGAAGCUGGAGCCAGUCAUCGAUCAGGGUUAUAUUUGGCAUCAAACUAUCGAUCGGGAUGAGCAAAGAGGACCGAGGGUCAACAACCGUCUGUUGAAAAGAGAACUUUCAAAUCUUAUGGCCGAGAUCGAAUUGGAUCAAGCCGAUCUACGCAAGAGGGAUUUUUUCCAAGAAACAAACUUGGAUAGGCUGGACCGAGAUUCUAUGCACAAUGUCAUCGAGUAUUUAACCAAUAGAUUAGAGAAUCAACAGCCGGGUGAUGGGAAGACAUAUCAAUCUCGGCGACUAAGGUCAUCCCAAGUAGAUUCUUGAACUCUAGUAUUGUUUACUUUAUUGCCCUUGCAAACGUCACUGAUUAAAUGCGGAAUCUGAUCUGUUCGGAUUAACCGAAAUCUAAAAGGUGAUUCAUUUUUGGGAAGUUUACAGAAGCAGCUGCCACACCGGCGGGACUCUCCAUUAAUCUUCAAUUAGAAAAGUUCAAUGCAGUUCAAGAGGACGGGGCAUCGUGUUAAUUGAUUCAUGGAUCGGCGCCAGGAAUCGAUGAUCCGAUCCGAUCAGUAGCAAUUUGUUGGCCAAUGGCCCACCUUGUAAUUACAAAUUGGCGAACAACAUUCUGUUCGAUAAAUUGUCGAAAGCAAAGCAGAACACUUACAGGGAUUUUUUCGUCGGGAUUUGGCUGAUUAAUUGAGAACGACAAACGGCGGGGAUAAAAACAAAAGACUGAAGCAACGAACUUGCUGCGGCGGUAGAGACGCGUGUUGCGGCUUUUUGGGGAAUGUUGCUGGCAGCAAUCUUAAUGCAAUUAGUACACUAUUAAUCUUGAUCAAAAUCCGAAACUCGGCAAAUUCGCAAUAACAACCGCAAUGUAAAUGACGC